AUGUCCAAAAAGGUCCUAACCAUCUUCGGCGCCACCGGUAACCAAGGCGGCAGCACGCUUUCCGCGGUGCUCAACAACCCAACACUCGCCUCCAAGUACAAGAUCCGAGCAAUCACGCGGGAUCCCAGCAAGCCCAGCGCGCAAGCGCUCGCGUCUCGAGGGGCCGAGCUCGCACAAGCAGACCUCAAUGACAUUAGCAGCAUCAAAGCGGCGAUCGCAGGCUCGCACGGCGUCUUCGCGGUGACAAACUACUGGGAGACGAUGGACAAGGACGCAGAAUUCCAACAAGGUAAGAACAUCGUGGACGCAUGCAAGGAGCAAGGCGUGCGCCACUUGGUGUGGAGCAGCCUGCCGCACGCGGAGAAGCUCACCAACGGCGAGCUCACCAAGAUCGAGCACUUCGACUCCAAGGCCAACGUGCAAGAGUACGCCGAGAAGGUCAAGGGCGACAGCCUGCUGGUCUCGUACUUCAUGCCCGCAUAUUUCAUGUCGAACCUGACGGGCCAGAUCAACGCGGGCGAAGACGGCGUCGCCACGCUGUCGCUGCCCUGGAAUGCGCAGAACACCUGGCUGCCCAUGAUCGACAUCCGCAACGACACGGGCCUGUUCACGGUGGGGCUGUUCGAGGCUGGCGAGCGCGCCAACGGCUUCGCCGUCCAGGGCACCAGCCAAUGGCUCCACCCGCAAGAGGUCGUCGACACGCUGAGCACCGUCACGGGCAAGCAGGUCAGGUUCGUCGAGCAGCCCGCCUCCGUCGAGUCUGCCGCCAAGAUCGGCAAUAAGAUCGCCGAGGAGCUCGCGCAGAAUAUGCUGUUGAUCAGGGACUACAGCUAUUUCGGGAAGGGCGCGGAGAAGAACCAGGCCGAGAGCGAUGCCUUCUUGGUGGAGGGCGCGAAGAAGAAUACCUUCAAGGGCUUUGCCGAGAAGGCGAAGUGGUCUUUUGCGUAA